UGGCCGAUUCAUGUGCCGCCUGGCUACCGUGUGAUCUGGCCGCGUGUUCAUUCGCCGCCGCCGGUCCGGUUACGAUCGUCUCUCCCCGGAUGCGAGUUGUUUUUCGUCUACACAGAGUGGCGCCAAGGUCGCUGUAAGGUCUUAAAAUGAUCCCAAGAUUUUUUGAUGAAUUGGACCUUUUGGAAUCGAGAACCACGGAUAGAUUAAUGAUGUUCUAAAUAUCAAGAGAGUUUCAAGUUUUUCCAACUGUGUUUAUGACAUUUUUGUUAUUUGUGGAAUGAACAGCUCGGACACAUUUAGUUACUAAGGAAAAUGAAGUCAACGUUCGUGGCGUUGAUGACGGCGCUGGCGUUGUUGCCGUUCGUCUUGUCACACAGCAAUCACGUGUACGUUUCGGUGAUCCAUGGCCACGAUCAGGGUUCGCUGUUGCCUAGGACUAUGGACAGAGCGAUGCCGCCGUCGGUUAGGGUGCUGUACGCCGAGAUGCCGGCCAACAAGUUCAGCACGGGCGCCCUGGAAGCUGUGCUCGACCUGUGGGCGAACAAGACGAUUGUCGCAUGUCUCCUACUCAUACCCGAGCCGGUAGGAUCGAUGCCCGCGCUAACUGCGACCAAGUACAGGAUCCCCGUCCUCUGGCUUCCUUCGGUGCAACGAGUGGACCAGGAACGUUGGAAUGAUAUGGUAGUCAGAGUAUCGAUCACGCCAUGGGAAUUGUUUUCUGCGCUCAGAUCGUUCCUGUUGCACACCGGAUGGCAUAAAUUUUACGUGUUGCACUCGAUAACGAUAGACGAGAGAGUUAGAACAAUGCUAAGCAUAGCUCCGUUGAGCUACACGUCAGUGCCCAUAUCUUCCGACUCGUCAGACCUUAUGCUAUUCAGAUCUAUGGUAGAACUUUCGACUUCCGAGGCUUCUGUUGUGGUGGUAGUCGGCGACCGGGACUCGGCGCAAACGGUCUGGCGCCAGGCAGCCGCGCUCGGGCUUCUGCCCGCCGGCAACGUGGCUUGGUUGUGGCUGGACAUCGGCAACACCGGCGGCGGCGUGAACGCGACCGGAAAGAGGAGAGGCAACGUGCCGGUGGGAAUGCUGUCGCUGCGUCCGGUCGCACCACCGCAGGAGGACAAGCAUACUAUCAGGGCGGCAGUGCGCGUGUUCGCCGAGUGUAUCAAGGACGUGAUGGCGGCCAGGUGUGAGAACUGGACACCUAAGGUGUCUAGGGUCGGGGACACGUGCGUGGACAUUUUGCGGGGCUCCGAGUUCCCGAGUGAUUUGUACAGGCAACUCAGAAGUGCGGUGCACGACGUGCUGUCCGGUCGGUCAAUUGGCCGCCGGGCCAAAACCAACGCCGAGAAACCGGACCUCAGCCUUGCCGUCCGAUUCGACAUUAUGAAUUCGGUCGCCAACAACCGACAUGCACCAAAUGGUUAUACGCGGGCUUGGAAGAAAGUCGGCACCGUCGGUCCGUCUAGCACUGGUGGACAAUCGGUCAAGUUGGACUCGGUGGUGUGGGCUGGCGGAAAAAUGGUGCCGACCUCUAAUCUGGGCAGACGGGCUGUGUACAGGGUGGUAACCGCCAUUGGGCCGCCGUUCGUUAUGCACGCACCAUUGCAACAGGAUCGCCAGUGUCUACGCGGUAUACAAUGUUAUCAAAUGACGACGACUAACAAAGACAACAUAACGAUGAUAUUCAAAGACAUCAAGUUGAACUCGAACAAAAACACGUCGUUACCGGAAGCGUAUUGCUGUUUUGGGCUGUCCAUAGACCUGCUGGAAAAAAUGUCGAAAGACUUGGAAUUUGAUUUUCACCUAUACUUGGUCGCUGACGGUACGUUUGGGACCCAAAAGCUCCAUUGGAAUGGAGUGGUCGGUGAACUCGUGUCCGGUACCGCACACAUGGCAUUCUGUCCGCUGAGCGUCACGUCUACAAGAUCGAAGUGGAUUGAUUUUUCUACGCCUUAUUUCUACAGCGGUGUUUCAAUGAUGGUUGCUCCGAAGAGAAAGACUAACGUUCCACUACUUGCGUUUCUGUUGCCACUGAGUCCGAGCCUGUGGAUCGCUAUAUUCGUGUCACUUCACGUAACCACAGUGGCAGUUGCAUUGUACGAAUGGUUCAGUCCGUUCGGCUUAAAUCCCUCCGGCAGGCAGAGAUCUAAGAAUUUCGGUAUGCCUUCGGCGUUGUGGGCGAUGUGGGGACUGCUCUGCGGCGCUCUGGUCAAUUUUAAAGCACCGAAAUCGUGGCCAAACAAAUUUUUAAUUAACGUUUGGGGCGGAUUUUGCGUUAUAUUCGUGGCUAGUUACACUGCCAACAUCGCAGCUCUAAUUGCUUCGCUUCUAUUUCAAAACGCUGAAGUGGAUUACAACGAUCGAAAUAUGUUUUUGAUGAAAGUCGGUUCGGCUAAAUCUUCAUCUGCAGAGGUUUAUUUAAAAGACAAAAAUCCCGCUCUAUGGCAACACGUUCAAAAAUAUUCUGUUCCCGACACAGCGUCGGGUAUGCGAAUGUUAAGAAAUGGCAGUUUGGACAUAUUUAUCGGCGACAAACCCAUUUUGGACUAUUAUAGUGGAACUGAUCAUGAUUGUAAGCUUCAAACACACGGAGAUCCACUGUAUGAUGAUGUUUAUGCGGUGGGCAUGACUAAAAAUUUUGUUUUAAAGGAAAAGGUGUCUGCAGCUGUUUCAACGUAUAUAAACAACGGUUUUAUGGAUAUCCUACAAAAUAAAUGGUUUAGUGAUUUACCUUGCGUCAACCGCGAAUUGGAAACAUCAGACCUUGGACAACCGACACCAUUAGGCGUCGACGCAUUUUUAGGUGUUUUCCUCAUGUUGGGUUGUGGAAUACUAGCAGGCGCUGUUAUCCUCUGCCUAGAACACGCUUUUUAUCAUUACGCGCUACCCAAACUUCGGCAAAAGCCGCCAGAUUCGAUAUGGAGAAACCAAAAUAUGAUGUUUGUCAGUCAAAAACUUUACAAAUUCAUAAAUAGCGUAGAACUAAUAUCACCACAACAUACGGCUAAAGAACUAGUGCACACGCUAAGACAAGGACAAAUCGCAUCGCUGUUUCAAAAAAGCGUACGUCGAGUGAGUUUGCCUUUUAUGCAUCCUCAACAUGCACAGAAAGAGUUCGAGCGUAGAAAACGGAAAGGUCAAUUCUUCGAAGUCAUUGAAGAGAUCCGAAGAAUACAAAGGGAAGAGAGGGAUAACAAAAAACAAAACGUCAGGUUAACAUUAUCAAACUCUCCAACCGCAGGACAAUCUCCGAAGCGAACAACGGCAAAAUUUUUGUCACCGGCCAGGUUGAGCCUCGGUAGACGCUACAGCAAGCAGAGAUCACGGAGCUCUGGGAACUUAAGUAUCCGUCGGUACAGCACGGACGUAGCAAGUUAUUCAGAGACCGUGGGCAGACGACUGAGCCAGGGAGCGUCCAACAGUCCACCUGACUUCAACACACGAAAACAACUGAUCAGACGGUCCUCAGGAAAUCCUAGUCCAGCGGAUUCUAGCAGGAUGAGCAUAUUUUCCGCAUCUGAAUUGAUCGGGGCGAAACUUAGCAACAAUAACUUAUACGUGGAAAACGAUCUACCACGCAGCCCCAACCUGCUGUCUCCGGGAGUAUUUUUUAGGUCAAGUUUUUCGUCGGACACCUCGUCGUCACGACCCGACUUGGGUAUACAAUCGCGGAAGUCGAGCUACUCUCAGGGACCGCCCAGGGUGGUGAUCAAUGGCGAACAGCAGUCGACUCGUCGCAAAUCGGAUGACGAGCCACCGGCCACGUUGCCGAGGAUCGUAGAGGUAAAAAGGGCUCGGCGGUCUAGCGACGGACACCGGCCGACCAAGAACCGCAAGACUGUGGAGGUGUUCCGGUGGCUCAGACAAGCGCCCAAAACGGAACUGGAAGCGCUGAGCAAGAUGUCCGAAGACGAGAUCAAGCACUGCAUAAUCCAAGCGCUAAAGGACAAGGACCCGACUUGAUUGCAAGUCGAUGGUGUCGACGGUGGGGGCUGCGAAGACGUUGACGACGACGACUACGACGCCGAAGAUACCGUUCCGGUGUAGUUUACUUGAACUUCAGUGUAUAACAACUAUUAUUGAUUGCAUAAGAUGUAUUAUUAUAAAUUAUUAUAAUUUGAUGAACGUAGAAAAAAAAAGCGCUCAUUGUUUUUGUUGUUAUAUGAUUUACUCUACGUUUAUUUGUUUCCUCGAAUAAUAACUGAUAGUAUAAUAUUAUUGUAUAUUUAAAUAUUUAAUAUUAAUAUGGUAAAAGAAGACUGUCCGGCCGGAUAUACAACAAGCUCGUUGUUGUUAUAGGAUUAUUAAGUAAAUCGAUGCUCAAGUGCGUAGGUUAAGUGCUGCUGAUGCUGUCGCUCUAGUUCGGAACGACGAGCGAGAUAAAGGGACGUCUCCAUUUCGGUAAUAACGUUAUUAUGAUAAUAUUGUUGUAAACGUAUAUCGAAACCGUUAUUCCAUAAAAUGUAGUCGUAUAUACUAUUAUAUUAUAUUGUUUUGAAUCAUGUUUAUACUAUUAUUAUAUAUUUUAUGCUCAGAUAUAAAUACUAUAUUAUACUGUAAUGUUAUCAUAAAAUUAUAUUAUAUUUAUCUGUUCAUGUAAAUGAUAUAUUUAUAUAUGCAUAUAUAAGAAAUAAUAUUACUAUUAGAAAUAGGGUCGUUACUAUAGAUAGCGGUUUCUUGUUGGUUCUUAAACAAAUAUUUCGUCUGUUUUUUACGUUUUUUCGUUAUUCAUAAUCAAGUGUUCAUAUUACGUGCUAUAUAUAUACAUAUAAAUAUAAGUAUGUGUGCAAGUGCAUAAAAUUGUUUUUCUCGUUGGUGAUGAGGUGCUAAGGUUCUUUGUUUAUUAGCACACGGCUGAUGUAUUCCGUUGAAACAAUCCCGAAAGCUAAGAAGUAAUAUACGUAUUUACUUUUUUCAAAACAUUAUAUUGUUAGAAAAUAUCGAACAUAGUAAACCAUAUUAUAUGUAUAUAAUAUAUAUAUAUAUAUAUAUAUAUAUGUUUGUGUGUGUACAUCAUAUAUAUAUUGUCAUUUGGUUAAUUUAUU